CCCCCAGUAGAAGUGGUUCAGCCCGAGGACUUUUCAUUCAUAAAAAGAAAAGACUCCGCGAGGAGCGAGUGAGUCAGAACCGAAGCCGCCGACGCGGACCCCACAGAGCCGCCAACCCAGGGCAUGUUCCGAGACUACGGGGAACCCGGACCGAGCUCCGGCGCCGGCGGUGCGUACGGCGGCCCGACUCAGCCCCCGGCCACAGGCCAGCAGAAGUUCCACCUCGUGCCAAGCAUCAACACUGUGAGUGGCAACCAGGAGCUUCAGUGGAUGGUUCAGCCUCACUUCCUGGGACCCAGCAGCUACCCCAGGCCUCUGGCCUAUCCCCCAUACAGUCCCCCGCAGCCCCGGCCAGGAGUCAUACGGGCCCUGGGCCCAACUCCAGGGGUGCGUCGCCGGCCCUGUGAACAGAUCAGCCCCGAGGAGGAGGAACGCCGUCGAGUGAGGCGGGAGAGGAACAAGCUAGCCGCGGCCAAGUGCAGGAACCGGAGAAAAGAAUUGACCGACUUCCUGCAGGCGGAGACCGACAAACUGGAAGAUGAGAAAUCUGGACUGCAGCGAGAGAUUGAGGAGCUGCAGAAGCAGAAGGAGCGCCUGGAGCUGGUGCUCGAAGCCCACCGCCCCAUCUGCAAAAUCCCAGAAGGGGCCAAGGAGAGCGAAACCAGCGGCACAGGUGGUGCCAGCGGCACCAGCAGCCCGCCAGGCCCCUCCCGCCCUGUGCCAUGUAUCUCCCUUUCCCCAGGGCCUGUACUUGAACCCGAAGCAUUGCACACUCCCACGCUCAUGACCACACCCUCCCUGACUCCUUUCACCCCCAGUCUGGUCUUCACCUACCCCAGUACGCCAGAGCCCUGUGCCUCAGCCCAUCGCAAGAGUAGCAGCAGCAGUGGGGACCCCUCUUCUGAUCCCCUGGGCUCCCCAACACUCCUGGCCUUAUGAGGCACUCCAGCUCCCGCUCCCUGUGGGUGCCACCCUAACCAGUAUUUCCCUGCACAUUGGUCCAGCUGGCCUGGAUCAUAUCCCAUGUCCAACCCCAGCAGAUUCUUCUCCAUCCCUCCAGACAAAACUGAGCGUAUUUUGCUUCCUAGUAGAGCCAAAGCUGCCCAUUGGUUCUCCAGAGCUGGCUUCUCUAGCACAAUUUGCACUAAAUCAGAGACAAAAUAGUUCCCAUUUGUUGGAGAAAAUUCCAGGCAGCUCCCAAGGGACUUUGUAGAUUCUCAGAGGUCCUCUGGAGCCCUAAUCCCCUGCUGAUCACCCCUAUGGUCUUCAUCACCUCUUCCUGUGAUCCACCCAACCCUACCCCUGACAGAAGAUGAUACUCUACCAGCCUAGAACACUAACUCACCCAGCCCCACUGCCAGCAGCACCAGGUUAUUGAACCAGGACACUCUGCCAGUGCCUCCUAAAAGGAACGGCUCAGGAGAGUGCCAGAGCUGACCUGCAGCCCCCAGCUCUGAGAAGACUUUAGCUCCAAGCCUCCACAGCGUGGGCAGCUGCUAUUUAUUUUCCUAAAGAGAGUAUUUUUAUACAAACCUGCCAAAAUGGAAUAAAAGGCUUGAAGCUCUAGCCUGCUCUCAUUGGACCCAGAGGCUAAAGGGAGACCAUUUGGAACCAGAAGCCUCAGGCUCCCAUUUCAGCUCCACCAACUCACUACCUGACCUUGGACAAACUGAUAUUUCUGGACCUCGAUUUUCUUAUCUGACAAAUGAGGCUACAUCUGUUCUGCCUCAUCUCCAGGACUGAGAAGAGGAAGAGAAGUGCUGUGAGGUGCCAAGCCAAGAGGAUUAUCCUCCUCCCGGUGGGGGACCCACAGUGCUCCGGCGUGUGCCACCGGAGGGCGCUGUUAGGCCCCUUCCAGCCUCUCGGGAGGCGGCUGAGUGGGUUUUAGGCCCCCCGCACCUGCUUCCUGCCCCAUUGUCUUGGACAGGAAGGAGCCGGGAAGGGAGCUGGAGCCACUUCUGGGGCCGGAUCACGGCCUAUCCUGGGGCCUGAUGGGGGAAGCCAAUGGCUCACCACUGUCCCACAUCCCGCCCCAGGACUGAGCUAACGGGGGAGUCAGCCACCUUAGUUCUACAGUCCCUCCAGAUGGGAAUGGUACCCCCAAUGGUCCCCGCCCUCGUCCCAACGCCGGCGAGUUCCAAACAGACGCGCCCGGGCCAUGGGCUCUGCUUCCGCCUCAGUUUAUUAGCCUCCACCCAGCCCCCAGUAAGUCCCUCCACUCCAGCCUCCAGUCCCCCUACUGCCCCGCCAGCGAGAGUCAGGGGCCUUCCUCAGUGUUAGGGUUUCUAAGUCCAUUCCAUCGGCCCUUCGUGCGCAGCCGGGGCGGCGUCGGGUCCCCAGGUCCACCGCAGUCUCGCCGCUUGAGGAGCAAUCCGGGUGGGCGUCGGCGGGAAGCUGUGCCCUCAGUCAUCUGGGGAGCAGGCCAGGGGCAACUGAUCGGGGCUGCCCACGCUGCCGGUACUGGAGCUUCCAUCUCCCAGGUCACGAGGACCGCAGGGGGGCAAGGCCAGCUCGGGUGUCGGCCCAGCGCCAGAGCCCCCCGAGCCGCCGGAGCCGCCUCGGGGACCCCACUCUUCGCCCAGCGCCAGACAGAGCUCCUUGAGCGCCAGGUUCUCCCGCAGCAGCUCCUCCUGGCGGCCUUCCAGCUCGGCCAGCUUCUGCCAACAACCGCCUAGAUCCUCGCGCACGGCUCGGGAUGCUUGGGUCCCGAAGAGCUGCCACUGGCGCGCGGCGCGCCGGCCGCGCUGACGCUCCGAGUCCAGGAAGCAGCAGAGGUCGCGCAGCUCGCGGUUCUCGGCCUGUAGGCGCCGGUUGAGCUGCUUGAGCUCGCGGAUCUCGCCCAGGUGACCCUGUAGCUGCCGGUUCACCUCCUGCAUGAGGCGGCCGCGCUGCACCAGAGCCGCCAGGCGCGCCGCCUCCUCCCGCCGCAGGCGCCGCACCAGCUCCUCCUUGCCCAGAGCCGCCAUCUCUUCAUCCGUCAGCUCCUCCAGGCCGCCCGUCUCGGCCUCCAUGGCUGCCUAAGCCUCUGGAGCAUCGCCUGCCCGCCGCCGCGGCCCAGGAGCCCCACGACGAGCUCCUCGCCGCUGGGGCUCAGGCAACCGCUCAGUGGACAAGCUGUGGUGGAGCUAGCGUAGGAUGCAGCAGCCGCGCGGGGGUGGGCACGCGGCGGGGCGCGCGCCGGGGCGGGGCCCCAUGACGUCGAGGACGAAGAGCCAAUCCAGGCUAGCGCCCUCGGAAGAGGGCGGGGUCCAGGCUCCCAGAAUGAAGCCCUUCCCCGCCCACUUCGGACCGCGGUGUCCCUGAUGCUCGCUGACUCUGAGUAUCCGCGUCCCCGACCUCGGUGCCAGUCAGCCCCAAACUACGUGCUUUGUACCUUCCAAUUCCAAACUGCCUCAAGCUCGAGCCCAGGCCUCUCGGCUCCCUCUGAGAACCAAGAUUCCAGUGUCGACCCUCGACUCUUCCGCCCACCCUCUGACAAAAUCCAGACAGAUCGCCUUUCCAUCCUUCCUAGCUUUGCUCGAACUGUAGAGUCUCGACUCACUGAGCAUCGCUUUCAGUCCUUGGAAACUUAAGUCCAAACGUCCUGGCUCACAUCAUCAGCGUAUUCUCCCUCUCACAGACCGUUUCCUGUCCGGUGGGAGGGGCAUACAAUGGAUUUGUUUGUUCAGUAAACUUUUAUUGUGUGUAAGGGCUAUGCAGAAAUAAACUUGAGUAAUAUCCUUA